AUGCCCUUCUUCGCCGCUGGUUCGGCAAUCCCUGUGGAACAGUUACAGCAGCCAACUUCGAUUCCCCUGGCAAGGCGCUGGGAGCUCCAGGACGCACAAGGUGUCGUCAACUUGAAAAAUCUGGAAGGUCAGAUGCAGAUGACAAUGGGGAAAAUCGCCAGAGGCAUGUCCGCGUACGAGAAGAACAUGGGCCAACGCCAUCCUGCCGAUAUGCUAGAGCAUCAUAACGUCCAACGCGCUGUCGGUCAUGAUGGGCUCACCGACAACAACAACGUUCUAUGGUAUGGCGCGAUCACUGCGGGUACUCCUGCCGUUCAAUACACAGUCGACUUCGACACUGGAAGCAGUGACCUCUUCCUUGCAGGUCCUUCGUGUGGCCAGACAUGCUCCGGUCACAAGGUCUACGACCCAUCCCACAGCAGCACUGCCCGAGACCUUCACAAGACCUAUAAACUUUCCUAUGGCGACGGUUCGUCCGUGUCCGGUGAACAAUACACAGACUCGGUGUCGAUCACCGGUCUGCAGGCGACAGCGCAAACGCUCGGCGCGUCGACUCAAUACUCCAGCGGCUUCCAGUCCCCUCGAUUUCCUGCGGACGGCUUGCUGGGCAUGGGCUUCCAGUCCAUUUCCGUCUACAGCGCACCGCCUCUAUUCCAAACACUUGUCUCUCAGCGUCAGACGAGCGACUCAGUAUUUGCGUUCAAGCUUGCACAGUCUGGCUCCGAGCUCACUAUUGGCGGCGUCAACAAUGCACUGUACACCGGUUCGUUCACGUAUGUCCCGGUGACGUAUCAAGGCUACUGGCAGGUUAACAUGGACGGGGUAAACGUUAAUGGCGGUCGAGUGAUCGGCGGGACCAGUGUCAUCAUCGACUCCGGCACCACCCUUAUCAUUGGUGAACCCCAUGCGGUUCAGCAACUUUACAGCAAUAUCCCCGGUGCCCAGCCUGCCAAUGAAUUUGGACAAGGCUUUUACUCCUUCCCUUGCGCCAAUGUUCCUGAUGUCAGCUUGACAUUCGGGGGUCGUCAAUUCCAUCUUUCCGCUUCCACCUUCAACCUCGGCCGCGAAUCUAUGACAUCGACAAGAUGCAUCGGCGGCAUCGUCGGCCAGAACAUCGGCGCCUCCUUUUGGAUUGUUGGCGAUGUCUUCAUGCGCAACGUUUACACCGCUUUCGAUCUUGGUCACAGUCGUGUUGGCUUCGCUAAUUUGGCCUAG